CCCUUUGACCACCAAACCCAACCAUGGUUAACAUCCCACCAGCACCACCAUCCAUGGUUAGUAAACCACACGUGUGGCGGAUGAAUGGCGAUGCCUAAUAGUACAAAUCGGUCAGAAUAAAACCAGAGCAAUGUCCCUCUGUUCCCAUUUCGUAUAUAAACCAUCACUCCCCCAACAGAGUGAAAGGGAAUUUGCAGUCCUCUCUGAAUUAGUAUUACUCUUUCUCUAGUUUCUGUCCCUCUUCCACAUUCUUUAUUCGUGCUUGUGUUAUUUUUUUAGCAUAGUGUAGCAGAGAAGAAGAAUACAAAUAUAGAGUGGUCAGAAGUUAACAUGCCUGCCAGUUUGGAGCCAUUGGACGUCGGCGUGCAGAUUCCGUACCAUUUCCGGUGCCCGAUUUCCUUAGAAUUGAUGCGCGAUCCUGUUACUGUUUGUACAGGCCAGACGUACGACCGUUCGAGUAUAGAAUCGUGGGUGGCUACCGGGAAUACCACUUGUCCCGUUACCCGGGUGCCGUUGACGGAUUUUACCCUCAUCCCGAACCACACCCUCCGGCGGCUUAUUCAGGAUUGGUGCGUCGCGAACCGGUCCUUCGGAGUGGAGCGUAUACCCACACCGAAACAACCAGCGGACCCGGGAUUGGUUCGGACUUUGUUGGCUCAAGCUUCUUCCGGCUCGGGUUCGUACAGUAUGAGAGUUUCGGCGUUGAGGAGGCUGAGGGGACUUGCGCGUGACUCGGAUAAGAACCGUUCUGUUAUUGCUGCUAACAACGCACGCGAGGUUUUGUUGUCCAUUGCGUUCUCGGAUGUAGGUUCGGAAUCGUCCGAUUUGAAUCACGAGGCGCUCGCGGUUUUGUCCAUGUUCGCGCUUUCUGAACCGGAGUGCCUGUUCGUGGCUUCCGAGUCGGAACGGGUCGGGUACCUGGUUAAGUUACUGUUCCAUUCAUCGGUCGACAUCCGAGUCAACUCGGCGGCUGUUAUCGAGACUGUUGUCGCAGGAAUCCGGUCGUCGGAGCUCCGUGCGCAAAUCAGCAGUGCCGACGGAGUGUUUGAGGGUAUCGUUGGGAUUUUGAAUUAUCCUCUGGUUUACCCGAGGGCGUUAAAAAUCGGAAUCAAGGCGUUGUUCGCUUUGUGUUUGGUGAAGCAGCACCGGCACAAGGCGGUUGCAGCGGGGGCAGUGGAGGCGUUGAUCGACAGGUUGCCGGAGUUCGAGAAGUGCGACUCGGAGAGAGCGCUAGCAACGGUGGAGUUGCUCUGCCGGAUUCCAUCCGGUUGCGCGGCGUUUGAGUCACACGCGCUGACGGUUCCGCUGCUGGUGAAGAUCAUUCUAAAGAUCUCCGAUCGCGCGACGGAGUACGCCGCCGGUGCUUUGCUGUCGCUCUGCUCAGCCUCGGAGAGAGCUCAGGCUGACGCGGUGGCGGCCGGCGUGUUGACUCAGUUGCUGCUGCUGGUGCAGAGCGAUUGCACGGAGAGAGCGAAACGGAAAGCGCAAAUGCUCCUGAAGUUACUGCGGGACUCCUGGCCACGUGAUUCCAUCGCCAGAUCGGAUGAUUUUGCCGGGAGCGACGUCGUUCCAUUUUGAUAUAUUUUUCAAAUAUUUUUCCUCUUAAAUCUUAUGUCUAUUUAAUUUCUUAGGUAAAAAUAUAUAUAUAUAUAUAUCUAUAAAGAAAAAUAGCAAAAGACUUAAGAGGAGUUAGAUAUCAUAGGUAGGGUACAUAAGAAAGCAGUUGUAUGUAUUUUUGUAAAUUCAGAUUUUUAUUUUUGUAGGAAAUAUUUU